AUGAGUAAACAAUAUGUAGUAACAGGUGGCAAAGUGGCAGACAUGGCUCUUCAUUAUGCAAACAAAUAUAAUAUCAUGUUAGUGAGGCUAAACUCAAAAUGGGAUCUCCGAAGACUGUGUAAAACAGUUGGUGCUACAGCUCUUCCUAGAUUGACACCUCCUGUCCUUGAAGAAAUGGGACAUUGUGACAGUGUUUGCCUCUCAGAAGUUGGAGAUACUCAGGUGGUGGUUUUUAAGCAUGAAAAGGAAGAUGGCGCCAUUUCUACCAUAGUACUUCGAGGCUCUACAGACAAUUUGAUGGAUGACAUAGAAAGGGCAGUAGACGAUGGUGUUAAUACUUUCAAAGUUCUUACAAGGGAUAAACGUCUAGUACCUGGAGGUGGAGCAACAGAAAUUGAAUUAGCCAAACAGAUCACAUCAUACGGAGAGACAUGUCCUGGACUUGAACAGUACGCUAUUAAGAAGUUUGCUGAGGCAUUUGAAGCUAUUCCCCGCGCACUGGCAGAAAACUCUGGAGUUAAGGUCAAUGAAGUAAUCUCUAAACUUUAUGCAGUACAUCAAGAAGGAAAUAAAAAUGUUGGAUUAGAUAUUGAGGCUGAAGUCCCUGCUGUAAAGGACAUGUUGGAAGCUGGUAUUCUAGAUACUUACCUGGGAAAACAUUGGGCUAUCAAACUCGCUACUAAUGCUGCAGUCACUGUACUUAGAGUGGAUCAGAUCAUCAUGGCAAAACCAGCUGGUGGGCCCAAGCCUCCAAGUGGGAAGAAAGACUGGGAUGAUGACCAAAAUGAUUGAAAUUGGCUUAAUUUUUACUGUAGGUGAAGGCUGUAUUUGUAGUAGUACUCUAAGAAUCGCCUGAUGUUUUCUUAUUCUCCUUAAAUUAAGAGGUAUUUUGUGUUUGUAUUCUUGGCUGGAUGUUAUAAUAAACAUAUUGUUACUGUCAAAAAAAAAAAAAAAA